UUAUUAAAUAUCUCUCGUUUUAAAACAACUUAAAAGAAAACACGUGAUGGUCUUAAUAGAUUCAUUAAUUUCGUUUUCCAACGUACCCAAGUCACCCAACGUACAGUACGUUUAUACAGCAUUCAUAAAUUCGGAAAAAAACUGAAAUAUCCAACGAAUUAUAUUCGGGAUUUGUUCGGAAAGUAAUUAAUAAGAAUUUAUUAAUGAACUCAUCAGCUGAUACUUUGUUUUACGUCAAUCUUCAGUUUUACAGCCAGUGAUUUUAAAGAAUGACGUCAAUUUGACGUCAUGAUUGUCUAAACAUUACUGAUUUUUUCCAAUUAUGAUUAUAAUUAAAAACUGUGAUUAGAGGUUUCAUAUUUUAAAUCAAAUUAUUAAAGAGUCUGGAAAAUUUUUUAAUAAUUUGACCUUGUGAUAUGACAUUAUCAUUCUGAUUAAAAGCAAAAAAGGAAAUCAUUUUUUAUGAUUGGCAAUGUUUAAAGGCUCAAAGUUCAUUAAUGUUUUAAAAAAAAAUGUCUGAAAGCUACGAUCAUGUGGUGUUAGGAGGCGGAAUAGUCGGAUCUAAUACUGCAAGAUAUUUGAAGUCGUUAGGAAAAAACGUAGCAUUAUUGGAACAGUUUUCUGCGGAAACUAAUCGUGGCGGUUCAAGUGGAUUCAGUAGACUAAUUAGAUAUUCUUAUGAGGAACCGUUCUUUGCCCAGUUAAUGCCAGAAGCUUAUCAAAUAUGGAAAGAGAUAGAAGAACAGAGUCAAAAGCAAGUUAUUGUUCAAACUGGAUUAAUUAUGUUGGAUAAGAAACCUAGUAAUUCCCUCAAAAAAUGCUGUGAAAAUGUUAAAAAUGUUGCUGAAACUUCUUUAACAGAAUUAAAUGAUGAAAUUAUGCAAGAAAAAUAUCCUCAAUUUCUUUUUAAUAAUGAUUAUAUAAAAUUUUAUGAAGAAACUGGAGGAAUUAUUUUGGCAAAUAAAGCACUUUCUGCAGUACAAGAACUUUUUAUAAAAAGUGGUGGCAAAUUUUACAGUUCAGAAAAGGUCUGCAAUAUUAAACCAGGGAAAAUAAUAACUAUUGAAACAGAAACAAAAAGUUUUCAAACACCAUCACUAAUCAUCUGUGCAGGACCUUGGACAAACAAAAUAUUGAAGUUUUUGGAUAUUCAAGUACCCAUAAAAACACCAAAGGUACGUGUAUAUUAUUGGAAAGAAAGAGAAAAUACAGGAAGAAAAUUUCCAUCAUUUCUUGAUUUGAAUGGAAUUGGAACACAUGUAUAUGGAUUUCAAGCUUUAGAAUAUCCAAAUCAUGUUAAGGUAGAUAGUAAAGUUUUGAAUACAUUAUUAAUCUAUAAUUUCACAAUUACAUCCAUUGUUUUUCAAUUCAUAUUUAUUUGCAAUUAAGUAAUUUAAUUUGUUUAUCAUUCUUUGUUGAAUGGAAGUUUCA